GCCCGCCUCAGCCUCCCAAAGUGCUGGGAUUACAGCUGUGAGCCACCGCGCCCAGCCCCAAAGUUAGCUCUUACUGGAAAAUUGUCCUGAUCCCCCAAGCUGAGCCUGAGUUCUUCCUUUAUGCACCUCCCCUCAACUUCACCAGUAUGUGGUGCAUGUCUCUGUUAAAUCACUUAGCACUCAGGUUCAUGCCAUUUCUCUUGUUGCUCCUUACUAAAUAGAAAUAGUGAGUUCUUAAGUACACUUUCUUCUUUAUACCCAUUUCCAACAGUGUCAGGGUAAUGUAGGAGCUUCAUAAAUAUUUUUGGAAAUAAUGAACUGUAUAUGUGGGAGGCAGGAAAAUGCUCCCUGAGAUAAUGUAAAGAGCUUUCUAAUUAACCACCUCUUUAUCCUGGGACAAGAGAGAGAGAGAGGAGAAGGUCUGGACGCCAAAGUACCUGGGAAUCCAGAAAUCUAAAGCAAUCAGAUUUUUUUUUUCUUCUUGGUGGCUCCAAUCCUAUUAAUUCCACCCUCAACUAAAAAUGAUCUGAUUUCAACAAACAGAUGCUUUAUAAUCUCCCCUCACCUGGCCCUCCACCUUCUUUCACUCUAGUCUUUUUAUUUCCUUUGAGUCGAAACCUCAGUCCAUAUUAUGGCUCUCUUUUGCAGUUAGCCCCUUAUUUUGUAACCAGAUGUUUUAAAAAGUAGCAAAGAGGGAUUCUUUCCACUUGCCAUUCUAAAAUGCCCACUUGAGUCUUUCAUUUGGUGUUCCUCCUGCCUUAGGUAUGGACUCACCUUACUCAGUCCCAACAAGACUCUAUACCAGCAAAUAAAUUCAAAAGAAAGCUGAAAUUUAAUACAAAACCUUAAUUUAAAAAACUAUCUUAAAGGCUUGAUGUUAUAUAGAGACAUCAGUGAAAACUACUAUCCCUCUCUCAACCCAGUAUUGGGUUUGGAUCCUAGAAAAUGCCAAAAAUAGACAAAAAUGUUUCCAGUUCUUUUUUUCUGACCUAGAUAAUGUAAAACCAAAGAUUCAUUCCUGGAAAAGUGCUAGGGUAUUUUUGGGGAUUUAAAAUCAAGCUCAGUUAAUGUGGUCUAUAGGGCAGUCACUAAGAUUGGUCCAUGCUAAAACAUGUCUUUGUCAACAAUUGUAGGGCCAACACACAUACUUUCAAUACUCUCUCUUGGCGAGAAGUAUAGGAACUAUGAAUAAUCAGAAAUAGAAGAGCAAAAGGAAAAGUGAAAAGAUGAGAAGAGUCCAUGAGAAAAGAGAGGCAAAUUACAGGGAAGGAGAAAAUCGAGGUUUUUGAAUGGGAAAUACAGUGGACAUGAGAGGAUCUGAGAAACAGACAUAUUUCCUGUCAGUAGAGGCCGAAGGUAAACAAGGAUGUCGUGUAACAGAAAGAAAUGGGAAGGCCAAGUUAAAGAAAAGAAUGAGAGAAGGCUUGGAACUAAAACAGGUAAAGAGAUAAUGACAGUGAAAACUAUCUCAGGCAUGUCAACAGGACUGAUAAGGAACAGUGAGGGACAUCCAGGAUCUCACAUCAAAGACAAAAGGGUCAACAUGUGGAGAGAGAAAAAGGAAGAGGGAUCCCAGCUGUUAGGGGGAAAAGGUGUUGUUAAAGACAGUUCUAGUCUGCAUUUUGAACCUUACAUUCUGAAAGGAAGCACUUCACCAAACCAAUACAAAACACUGUACAAAUCUCUGCUGUUCACAAAUUUUAGAGUAAAUAAAAGCAAACUAAUGCUACACAUCAAAUACCUUAACUGGCGAGACAUAAUUCCUAGUUCAUUUUAGCCGCCGGGGGCAAGAAGCUAUCAAAGUGAUUUUUUUUUCUAGCACCUUAAUGUGAGACAAGUAUGAAGGAAAGACAAGUAUGAAGGAAAAAGGCCCAAACCAAUAUUGCCCAGUAGUAAUUUUCAGAGUGAUUUCUCUUUUCGGUAUAGACUUGGAUGUAUUUGGACCCCUUGGAGGGGGCGCCGGAGAAGCGGCCCAGAAAGUAUUUCUAUAUUAAGAAAAAUUUAGUUUGGAUGCAAAGUGAGUUUUGCGGACCUCAAUACAGCCUCGAGAAAUCUGAAGUACUCCUCUACAGCGUUAAUAAAGAAAGAUAACUCAGAUUGCCUGUUAACUUGCAGCUUCUCCUCCUCCCCCAUCGGCUUCAGCCUGAACUCAUCAAAGCACCGGAGGACAGGAACGGACCUUCUAUCGCUUUUGUUUCCUGCGUGGCGGAGACUUAGAGGAACGGCCGGUCGCCUACCUGCCUUCCACUUCCCCGGCCGCAGAGCAGUUCGCUGCCGGCUCGGUUCGCCGCCAACCUCACCUACCGGCUGGCUCUCCGGCCUGACUCUUCUGGGAUGGGUGGCAGGGGGUGGGGGAGACCUCAGGGGGCGGAGGGACACGAGGAGGCGGGCCUGACCCUUCCCCCAGAGCCAGGGAGGAGGUGCCGCCAGGGCGCAGGUGAAACCGACUCGGCCCUAUCCCGGGAACUUUCGCUGUGAGGACUCGUUGCGAGAGGCUAGAGUCGCGCAGGGGCGGCCUCGGAGCCGCCCUCUCUCACGCAGACUGCCGCGGGGACUCAGCCUUGGGGCCACCCGCAGGGGACCCACGGCCCUCCUGGCGCGCUCACGGGCUGCGGGCAGCGCUGGCCUCCGCGGCUGAUGGGGGCGGCUAGUGCCGCCCCGGGCGCAGGUGACACUCUCCCGGCCAGGGUUUCCUCUGGCUGGGGAGAGCCCCGGGAGGGCGAGACUCAGACACCUCGGGGGCGGAGGACAAGGCAGCGAUGGCCCGAGAGCUAAGCCAGGAGGCACUACUGGACUUUCUGUGCCAGGCUGGGGGCCGCGUGACCAACGCUGCCUUGCUGAGCCACUUCAAGAGCUUUCUCCGAGACCCCGACGCGUCCCCCAGCCAGCACCAGCACCGCCGCGAGCUCUUCAAGGGCUUCGUCAACUCGGUCGCCGCAGUGCGCCAGGACCCCGACGGCACCAAGUACGUGGUGCUCAAGAGGAGGUACAGGGACCUUUUGGGGGAGGAGGGGCUGCAGCGACCCCGCGAGCCGCCCGCGACCGCCCCCAGUGCAGGGGGAGCAGCGCCCUGCUCCCCGCGAGGCGCGCGCCGGGGGGAGCCGCCCCAGCCGCAGCCCAGGCGGCGGCGGCGCGAGAAGGAGCCGGAGGAGGAGCCAGCAGGUGCAGCAGCCACAGCCGCCGACGCAGCUUGCAAUGGACUCCCGGCCAGCGGCUCCCGUAGGGCGCCCGGGAAGGGCGGCGGAUCGAAGGGCAGUCUCGGACAGAGGGCGCCGGUGCCCGCAGCUGCAGCGGCAGGGGCCCAGGCGAGAGCGAGGUGCGCGGCGGCGAAGACGCAGGGCCGCUGCUGCUGGGAAUGCCUCCAGAACAACCUGGCUGUGCUGCCGGGAGAGCUCGGCGCACUCCCGCACUCCGCCACCGCGGAGGAGAAGCCGGCACGGGCUCUGCCUGCCCAGGAUGACCGCGGGGCUUCCAGGGAGCGGGAAGAAGGCGCGCUAGCUGAGCCGGCGCCUGUGCCUGCAGUGGCUCACUCGCCUCCCGCCACCGUCGAGGCUGCGACGAGCAGGGCUUCCCCGCCUGCUCUCCUGCCCGGCCCCGCUCCCCGCGGAGACCGGCCGGAGCUGCUGACCCCCAGCUCCCUGCAUUAUUCGACCCUGCAGCAGCAGCAGCAGCGCACUCGAGAGUGGGUGGCCAGGCACCCGCAGGUGCCGGAGGCCCGUGAUCAGGGCCCUAUCCGCGCCUGGUCGGUGCUGCCAGACAACUUCCUCCAGCUGCCCUUGGAACCCGGCUCCACCGAGCCUAAUUCAGAGCCACCAGACCCCCGUCUUUCCUCGCACUCUCUCUUUCCUGUUGUUCCGGAUGAGUCCUGGGAAUCCUGGGCGGGGAACCCUUCAUUGACUGUCUUUCGCAGCAUUCGUUGUCAGCUGUCCCUCCAAGAUCUGGAUGACUUUGUGGACCAGGAGAGUGAUGGCAGUGAGGAGAGCAGCAGUGGGCCCAAAGACUCCCCGGGGGCUUCUGAAGAGGGGCUGCAGGUUGUCUUGGGAACCCCAGAUAGGGGGAAGCUCAGGAAUCCAGCUGGGGGCCUUUCUGUAUCUCGGAAGGAGGGCAGCCCCAGCCGGAGCCCUCAGGGUCUCAGAAACAGAGGGGAUGGUCACAUCUCUCAGCAGGUCCCUGCAGGGGCUAAUGGCCUUGCAGGCCACCCCCCGAAGCCUUUGCCUUGGCCAGUUCCUAAGUUAAGGAGGUCCCUCAGGAGGAGCUCUCUGGCAGGGAGAGCCAAAUUGUCCUCCUCUGAUGAGGAGUACCUUGAUGAGGGCUUGCUGAAAAGAAGUCGGCGCCCACCUCGAUCCAGGAAGCCCUCCAAGGCAGGAACAGCACCCAGCCCAAGGGUUGAUGCAGGUUUAUCACUAAAACUUGCAGAGGUUAAGGCUGUUGUGGCGGAGCGGGGUUGGCGACACAGCUUGUGGGUCCCCAGUGGGGAGGGGUCUGCAGCCUUGGCCCCCCACAGAACUUCUGAGCACAAAUCAUCCCUGGUUCCACUAGAUGCCAGGGAGCAUGAGUGGAUUGUGAAGCUUGCCAGUGGCUCCUGGAUUCAGGUGUGGACUUUGUUCUGGGAGGACCCUCAACUGGCCUUGCACAAAGACUUUUUGACUGGGUACACUGCCUUGCACUGGAUAGCCAAACAUGGUGACCUCAGGGCCCUUCAGGACUUGGUGUCUGGAGCAAAGAAGGCAGGGAUUGUCCUCGAUGUAAACGUGAGGUCCAGUUGUGGAUAUACCCCGCUGCACCUUGCAGCCAUUCACGGCCACCAGGGGGUCAUCAAAUUGCUAGUGCAAAGGUUGGCUUCUCGGGUAAAUGUCAGGGACAGCAGUGGGAAGAAGCCAUGGCAGUAUCUAACCAGUAAUACCUCUGGGGAAAUAUGGCAGCUGUUGGGAGCUCCUCGGGGCAAGCCCAUUUUCCCUGUCUAUCCCUUAGUUGGAAGUUCUUCCCCUACCAGAAAGGCCAAGAGCAAGGAAAUAUCUAGAAGUGUCACCCGAAAAACUUCCUUCGCUGCACUACUCAAAAGUCAGCACAACAAGUGGAAAUUGGCCAACCAGUAUGAGAAAUUCCACAGUCCAAGGGCAAGAGAAGAGUAUAGUGACUGAGGUGGGUCUCUCUGUCCAACAUGCAGGCAGCACUCCCUCACCCUGCUCAGUGAGAGAAUUCAGGGGGAAUAGAAAAGCUGCUGAGAGUUGGUAAAGAGGAUGGUCGAGUGAGAUGGUGUUGACCUUCCUGGAUCUUAUGUCACUACAUUCUGGACCUCAAGAGGGUCAUCCAAGCUUUUUGAAAGCUGAACUCCUUGACUGGAGAAACCUAGACAAGAGGCGGGGCCAGGUGCUUGAUAUCUAGGAGGCAUUCUUCCUCUUCCCUUGCCACCAUGGAGCUGGGCACAGUAAGCCAUAUUGUUUCCUGAAGCAGGAGUCCCAGGCCUUGGCUAGAGAGGGAACAGAUGUCUAACAAAAAGAGAAGCAGUUCGAGGAAUUGAUGAAGCACAUGCAAAAUCCUCUCUGGCUAGUAGCUCUCUGGCUUCUGUUCAUUUGAAGAAUAAAUCUUGGCUGACAGUGGGAAGCACCAGGUUUGAAAUCAGAUGCCUUUAUUUUUCUUUUUUUGGCAUUUAAAUCAGUGAAAUAAAAUUAUUACUGGAGAGCACAGUUCGAUUUAAGAGAUUCCUCAGCCCUGUUCUCAAGUCUUCUUUUGAAUUCCAUGCAUGGUGGUUAAUGGGUAAAAUGAUUAAUGCCUCCUUUGGGUCUUCUCACUGAUCAGAGAAGCAGCUGGGUAAGAUCCAGUUAUGACUUGGACUCCAUUCCCAAGAGGAAUGACUGUCAUUCAGGCCCUGCUUUUUUGUAUCAACCCGAAGGGAACUUUCCAAAUGUAAAAACCAUGUGGCUAAUUUGCAUAGUGACUGAAACCAUCUUUCAUGGAAACUCCCUGUGUAACAAACAGAAUUAUCAUUACUAGUUUUCAGUAGGUUUGAAUGGCCAACGUUUGUACUCAUAAAAAGAGAGAAAUGAUUUCACUCUGGGGAAACAGUAAGGGUUAAGAGAAUGCAUCCUUACCAGCACUAUCUAAGCUGCUAAAUAUAAUUUUAUUUGCACUAAACUUGUUGCCAAUUAAGAUUAAAUAUUAGCCUUUAAGUACUCUAUAUCUAACAUGAAGUGCUCCUUUUUAAUUGCUUUUGAAGGGACCGAUAACUUGUGAGUUCAUGGAGUGAAGAGAAUGGCUAGUCUAUAAACGUCAGUAGAGCAUCAAGAUUUCAGAAUAAGUUCAAAGAGGGCUGAAAUACAUGUUCAAGUGGAAAUUGUUAAUUUUUUAUGGGAAUGUUUUCAUGAGAUGUGACAAUGAUGCUGUAUUUUAAGUCUUUUUGUGUUUCUUCUGGUUAUUUGCCCCCAUUAAAAGAUCAAUAGAUCUUUAUAAUUUAUUAUACUUAUGCUGAUUACUGUUUUCUUCUUUACAAAAUUAUGUCUCAGCGAGUGCCAAAUAUUAUUGUUUCUUUGAUUUUUUACUUUAUAAUUUUGCUGAAAUAAAUAUAUCUCUUCUACUAGAAAAAUAAGCAUAAUAAAUAAAUCUAAGAGCUUUUUUCCCAAAAGACCUAUAUAAGAGAUGAAACUUUGUCAAAUCAAAGCAAGAAAAAUGGCAACCACAGAUGGGACAUAGUUUGAAGAGAUAAAAAAUUAAAAGAAUACAAUAGACAUCUAUGCAAAUACUCUAGUAAACUAGUAAAAAUUGUAAACUACUAGUAAGCUAGUGAUAUUUCAUGGAAAAAAUGUCAACUUUCUAAAAAAAUCCAAUGAAUGUUUUUACUUUAUCAUAUUGUUAUUACCACAUCAAUUUAUCCAACAGAUGUGUUUUGUAUAGUGCUGUGGGAUUUAUAAAGAUGAGUGGGAGAUGACCCCUCUUGUCUUGAAAUUUAAAAUCUGACAAUAUUACUGAUUGCUUUAUACCCUUCUUUUUU